AUGAAUGUAACGGUAAUAAAGCAUCUGUUGAUACUGUGUUGUUAUGGUGGAUCACCGUAUGUGGAUUUACAGUUACCCGACCAGCAGUUUUUAAAGCAUAAAUCUACACAUGCACUCGAUUUAACAGAUUGGAUUGCUGUUGAUACAUCGGGUAGUGAACUAAAUUCAACACUUUAUCAAGCAAAUAACACGUCAAAACCGCUUAUAACUGUUCCGGAUGGUGUACCAAUUGAAAAAUGUGACUUAUACAAUUUGACAUUUACAAAUACUGAAGAUGAAAAUCUUAUUACAGUCGCAUUUGAGAGCGCAGAUUCAAUGAAAGAUCUCCGGGUAAAAAGAAGAGCGUCUACUUGA